GUACAUCAAUUCAUUUCACUCUCUAAACAAGCUACAUUACACUUAAUUUUAAUUUUUGUUGAUAUGGAAGUAGAAGAAUGUUCAUCACUUGUAGCCACAAAGUUGUCAAAGACUCUAAGCAUAGUUUUCUACAUGCUAAAGAAAGGCUUGUCAAAGAGCAAGCUCAGAAUAACUGAUCUUCAUCUCAUGCUUAAACGCCAGCAUGCAACCACUUCAACCCGGAGCAGCCUGAUGCUCCACCACCACUACGCUGCCUCCUCCGUGUGCCGAUCCACCGACGUCGCGACAUCCUACGUGUCACCUAGAAAAGAGUACGAGUUCAGCUGCAGUAACACGCCCUUAAUUCGGAGACGCAACAAAAGUUAUUACCAGUAUCGUCACAAGUACACUCAGCAAAGAGUGUAUAGCACUACAACAAACAGGUCUAUUUACGAGGGAAGCGUGGAGGCCUCGCCUGCUAUUAGUCUGCCGGGGUUCGGGAAGAGCCCUGGUAGGCAGCUGAGGGUUUCGGAUUCGCCGUUUUCGAUUAAAGAUGCGGAGGAGAAUACGGAUCAGCUGGACAAGGCUGCGGAAGAAUUUAUUAGGAAGUUUUAUAAGGAGUUGGAGAAACAAAAGAGCAUGGCCCCACCUUUGAGUUACUACAGCAGGGCUUAUUAACGAUGGUGUGAUUUUUGGGGAAUGUUGGAAAAUUUCAUCUUCUUUUUCGUUGUAUGCAACUGUGCAAUGGGGCGACAUCAGUGUUUUUUAACUGAUAAAAACUGUAAUUAAUGUUGAAAUGUUGUAAAUGAAUAAAGUUAUGCAAGGGGUA